CUAAUCACCAUGCGCCGCUUCCAAUGCUUCACCACUUCGACUUCUUUCUUCCUGUCUUGAUCAUUCUCACAAAAAGUUUCUGCUUUCGAUGAUGGGUGGUUUCAUUCUUCGUUUACCCUCUUUUGCUGAAAUGGGUUGUGCUCUAUUUGGUCGACUUCCUUCACGAUUGGGAAAUAUGCCCAUCUCUGUUUUCCCUUACAUAAACGAGGAUUGCUUCUGUUCUACUGUUUGGGGUCUGUUUUAAGCUAUGGUGAGAAGUGAAGAAUUGAACCAGUGUUUCGAGAAGCUGAUGAUGACAGGAGGUGGAACCGACAGUGCAAUCAACAUCAGUAAGAAGAUGGGAAGAGCGGCCAUCACUGAGUGGAAGGAUAUUCCAAUGGAGCUUCUCUUGAGGAUUGUGUCUCUUGUUGAUGAUCAUCGCACCAUCAUAAUGGCCUCCCAAGUUUGUAUUGGCUGGAGGGAAGCUAUUUCCUUGGGCCUUACUCAUUUAUGCCUCUCUUGGUGCAAGAACAAUAUGAGCAACCUGGUUAUAUCUCUUGCGCCCAAGUUGCAGAAUCUGCAGAGUUUGGUGCUACGCCAAGAUAAGCCGCAACUGGAAGACAUCGCGGUAGAGACAAUCGCUAGACACUGCCAUGACUUGCAAGACUUGGACCUUAGCAAGAGCUUUAAGCUAACUGAUCGCUCUCUGUAUGCCCUGGCUCAUGGUUGCCCCAACCUGGUCAAACUCAAUAUCAGUGGUUGUACAUCGUUUAGCGAUCAUGGUAUUGAGUAUCUCACUGGAUUCUGCCGUAAGCUGAAGAUUCUGAAUCUUUGUGGCUGUGUUGGAGCAGCAACUGACCUUGCCUUGCAGGCUAUUGGACGCAAUUGUAAUCAACUGCAAUCGUUGAAUCUCGGGUGGUGCGAGAACGUGGGGGACGUUGGGGUGAUGAGUUUAGCAUAUGGAUGUCCUGAUCUUCGAACGCUGGACUUGUGCGGCUGUGUGUGUAUAACAGGUAUAAUACAUCAGAUACCAUUCAUUUUGGACUCCAAUUACCUCAAUAGAAGAAGCUUAAUGUGACUUUCAUUUCCUGUUGCAUCUGUUGAGUUCUUCUACUGACUAGACCUCCUUACUUUAUUCUAGACGACAGUGUGAUUGCACUGGCGAACAGGUGUCCGCACCUCACAUCCCUUGGCCUGUACUACUGCAAAAACAUCACCGAUCGAGCAAUGUACUCUCUGGUUCAUAGCCAGGGGAAGAAGAAGAAGCCGCCCACAUCUAUGUGGGAGAGCAUAAAAGCCAGGAAAGGGGAAGAAGGGUUGAAGAGCCUGAACAUCAGUCAAUGCACGGCGCUGACACCUUCUGCUGUUCAAGCACUGUGUGACUGCUUCCCUGCGCUUCAUACUUGCUCCGGAAGGCAUUCUCUCGUCAUGAGUGGUUGUUUGAACUUAACUUCAGUGCAUUGUGCUUGCGCUGUGCAGGCACACCGCAAUCUGCCCUAUAUCCCUCAUCACCAUGCUCAUUGAAGCUCAAAAAAGUUCAGGGAAGUGUGCUUUUGCAGCACACGGAGAGCCAAGCCUAGGUUUAAGUUUAUGCAUUGCUUGUGGUACAAGCUAAGUCUGUGUAGCUGCAGAUAGACAAAGGUUUGUUGUUGUAUAACACUGUGAUGUUAAGAAUGUGACGGGCUUUUGCUAUCGACUAUUCGACUCUGGUUUUUUAAAGAACCAUGUAUUUCUGAAUGCCGAUGCUUUACAGGGGUCAUAAGUUCAUGCUCUGUACUACAUUCGCGAAACUCAGGAAGAAGCGUACACCCGCAUCGACAGA